AUUGGCUGUCGCAGGAUGUCCCAGUAUAUAAAUGGCUUCCUUGUUAGCGAUGAAGUAAAUCACUUUCCAUCCCUGAGGACACUCGACUUCAGUUUCCUUCAGCGCCAGAAGAAUAAAGAAAUCAUGAUGAAGCUCUUGGUGAUCACGAUGUGCCUGCUGGUCUCUACCAUGGCCGCUCCUGUUCCUGGGAGUGAGAGCAACGAGCAGGUUGCGGCACAUGCUAAUCAGGCCCUGAGGUGGAUGGAGAUGUACAGGCUGUACCAGCAGCAGGGAGUAGUUGGAAACCCCUUCCUCCCUGCUGCUAAUGCUCCUGCUGAUCCAGUCGGGGCAGCAGUGGUGGAGGCUGCACCCGCACAGACAGCCGAUGUUCCCCCUCCGGCUCCCAUCGCCGUCGGAGAUGGAUCAGAAGAGGAGGUAGAGGAUGGCAACCCUGCACCUAAAGCUGCAGCUGCUGCUGUCCCCCUGAAUUCAGAUGAGGAGGAAGAGGUAGAGGAGGUUGAGGCAGCCGAAGCUGAACCGGCUGUUGAAGCAGUACCAGCCGAGCCCGCAGCCGAGCCAGCAGCCGAGCCCGCAGCAGACCCCGCAGCAGACCCCGCGGCAGCUGUGGAGCCAGCUGUGGUCGAUGCCCCAGUGGAUGCUGCAGCAGUCGAUGCUGCUGCUGUAGAUGUUCCUCCCGUUGAUAUCGUUCCUGUUGAUAGUGCCCCAGCUGCCCCAGAGGUGGCUAUUGAUGCUGCAGCCCCGGCUGAUGUCCCUGCUGCUGAUGCGUCCCCAGCUGAUCCUAUUGUACUGUAGUUAUCUUUCAAUUACUACUAGCCAAAGUGCCUCUCCGCUAGAAGCUAAUAGCUACAGUAAUAGCUUCAGUAAGUGAGUAAUAAUAGGUGAUGUAGUUGCAGUACACAGUAAUAAAAAGAUAGCAGUAUUUUGCCAGGAAACUGAAUAAAACACAUGUAAAAAAAUUCCAUAAACUGUAUAAAAGAUGUGGAUGUUGCCAUUUUAAAAAAAAAAAAUGAAGCCAACACAGAAGUGCAUUAAACUAACCUUAUUCUUAAUAACCAGCAGAGGGCGAUUCCAAUGAUGCCAAAGAAGACAGUUAAUUUGUGACUGUCUGAUAAUUUGCUCAUGUUUAAGACUUGAUCUACUAUCUCAAUAAACAUUUUUUUAAGGAGUUAUUGAUCCUAAA